UACAAAGGCUCCUCGCACACUGCUGACAGCAGACGGUGACAGCGUGGGGACAGGCGUGGAGGGAGCCCAGGGGAGCCCAGCACAGGUGGCCAUGGGCUCUGUGGGAAGCCAGCGCCUCAAGGAGCACAGCAUGGCGGGCACACCCGACGGGAGCUGGGGGACCAGCUUCAGCUUCGACGGCUUCCAACUGGAGGCUGCCGCAGCCAUGGUGGAGACAACUCAGGACCGGGGCAUCAGGGCCAGGGGUGUCCCUACCUUCGUGGACUCGGUGGCGGAGGAGCCUGUGCCUGAGGACCGCUACCACGCCAUCUACUUCGCCAUGCUGCUGGCUGGCGUGGGCUUCCUGCUGCCCUACAACAGCUUCAUCACCGAUGUGGACUACCUGCACCACAAGUUCCCAGGGACCUCCAUCGUCUUCGACAUGAGCCUCACCUACAUCCUAGUGGCGCUGGCAGCCGUGCUCCUCAACAACGCCCUGGUGGAGAGGCUGAGCCUGCACAGUAGAAUCACCACAGGCUACCUCCUGGCCCUGGGGCCCCUGCUCUUCAUCAGCGUCUGCGAUGUGUGGCUGCAGCUCUUCGCACACAAUCAAGCCUACGCCAUCAACCUGGCCGCUGUGGGCACCGUGGCCUUCGGCUGCACAGUGCAGCAAUCCAGCUUCUAUGGGUACACAGGGAUGCUGCCCAAGAGGUACACGCAGGGGGUGAUGACGGGGGAGAGCACGGCGGGGGUGAUGAUAUCCCUGAGCCGCAUCCUCACCAAGCUGCUGCUCCCAGACGAGCGCGCCAGCACGCUCAUUUUCUUCCUGGUCUCCGUGGGCCUGGAGCUGCUGUGCUUCUUGCUGCACUUGCUGGUGCGGCGCAGCCGCUUUGUGCUCUAUUACACCACGCGACCGCGAGACAGCCGCCUGGGCUGCAGGGCAGGCUACCGCGUGCACCACGACGUCGCCGCGGGGGACAUCCACUUCGAGCAGCAGGCCCCGGCCCUAGCCAGCAGUGGGUCCCCCAAGGAUAGUCCGGCCCAUGAGGCGACCCGCGGCUACGUGCGCUUCGACGUCCCGCGAGCGCGGGUGGAGCGGAGCUGGCCCAGCUUCCGAGCCCUCCUGCUGCACCGGUACGUGGUGGCCCGGGUCAUCUGGGCCGACAUGCUGUCCAUCGCGGUUACCUACUUCAUCACGCUGUGCCUGUUCCCCGGCCUGGAGUCCGAAAUCCGCCACUGCGUGCUGGGCGAGUGGCUGCCCAUCCUGGUCAUGGCCGUGUUCAACCUCUCAGACUUCGUGGGCAAGAUCCUGGCCGCCCUGCCCGUGGACUGGCGGGGCCCCCACCUGCUGGCCUGCUCCUGCCUGCGCGUGGUCUUCAUCCCGCUCUUCAUCCUGUGCGUCUACCCCAGCGGGGCGCCUGCCCUCCGCCACCCAGCCUGGCCCUGCGUCUUCUCCCUGCUUAUGGGCAUCAGCAACGGCUACUUUGGCAGCGUGCCCAUGAUCCUGGCGGCUGGCAAAGUGAGCCCCCGGCAGCGAGAGCUGGCAGGGAACACCAUGACCGUGUCCUACAUGUCGGGGCUGACGCUGGGCUCCGCCGUGGCCUACUGCACCUACAGCCUCACCCGGGACGCCCACAGCAGCUGCUUCCGUGCGGCCGCCGCCAACGGGUCCCUCGUCACAGGGCCCUGAGUCCUGCCCGCGCGGCCCUGCCCAGCGAGGCUGCUCCGCAGCCGGGACAGCUGAGGCCCCCUCCCUGCCUGCCUGCAGUGCCUCGGGCCCAGCCGGCCUCCUCCUGUGCCAAGGGCCC